ACAAGGAUUAGGAUCCUAUCUUCCGCCAAGAAUAGCUUAUUUGACGUCAUGCGAUUGUAGCCUUGCGAAGCAGGUUGGGCCGCCCCUGUGUUUUUGUUGCAGUCAUUUUGCAAAGUGACGCGCUGUAUGACGCUGUUUUACGUGGAAAGAACGAUCCUAAACGAAUGACCCAACAAUUCUGUGGAAAGAACAGAAAAUAAGGUGACGUAGAACUGUGACGUAGAUUGAAAACUUUACUCUUCAAACUAAGGUUUUCUAUUUCUCACAAAGUAAUUCAAACGAUCUCAAUAUGGCUCGUUUAAAAUCUUGCUUUGAAUACCUUCGAUCGAGUUGUUCUUGUCAAUGCAAUUCGCUCGAUUUUGAUGCUUUUAUCUUAUGUUCUUUCCCUUCGUUUAGGCAACACGGACAACUAGGUAUAUAUUGGGAUUUGAAAAGAAUAAUUAGCCAUCGAGGUAGUAAUCGAUUGAAGCCUUUCUUUGCUGGUAAACAGCUAGUAUUUAGAGCAGAAAUAUGGACCAAAUCGAGCAAGAUCACACGGCAAAUGGAAACGUUUCAGACACGGACGGCUCUCAGACGAAUGUCGCCCAAGAGCAAUUUGCAGGCGUGCAAGAUACAAAUACAAGUCUGAUCCAAGCGACCGUCGUUCAAUCGCCUCAACAAUUUUCCCAAACGGCCGUGUCUGUAAUACAACCCGCUCAAGCCUCGGUCAUUCAGACUGCUACUUCGUCUGCCCAGCAAAUGCAGAUACCGCAAGCCAUUCAGUUCCAAGGGGUUAUUGAUCAGGACGACGAUCUAGACGAAGAAGGCAAGAAACGUCGUGAUAUUUUGUCAAGAAGGCCUUCAUACAGGUAUUUUGCUUUAAAAAUAAGAUUUCAUUGCUUUUCCGAAUCCCAAAAUUGCGAAAAGCAAGGUUUCUUUUAUAUAAAGUCAUUUUGUACAAUUUCGGAUGUUUUCAUGCGAGUCUGCGAGUGUAUGACGCAUGCAAUGACGCAAUAUGAAUCCGUGUUCGCUUGAUUUCAGUCAUCAGUUAAUGAUAUUUGCGUGUUUAUCGUUCUUGAACUUUAAUAAACAAGUACUGAUAUCGUGUGAGGCAACUUACUUGAUAUAUGCUCCUCAACACGCAUGGUCUAUCCAAAAACGAGGCGAGAAAACGAGAUGCCUGUUGCCUAUCAAAGAGCUGCCAUUUAUCCCAAAAGGUUUGUUUGUAUACAGUGAUUCCUUUUUCGAAUUUUAACGACUUUCGCGCUAUUUAAUCAAUGUUUCCUUAAAUUCACACCUGCGGGGUGAUAUUUGACUGCUUGUUGAUAAACUUAUUUUCUUUUCAUGUGAUUAUGUGAUAUGACAACAGUUGAAUGUUUCUAAACAAAAACUUUUUGGGGGAAAAAUAUACUUGAAACACCUAAUACUGUAGUAAAUAGAACUGACUGUCUGAGUUUUCAAAGUUAUGAAGGUUAUUGGUUUGUUUCGGUUACCAUAUGUGAGAAGAGGGUCACCAUUUGACUCUGCCAUUACAGUAAUGCUGCAGGUUUUCUAUUACUGAACCUUUAGGGUAUAUAUAGGGUAAACAGUUGAUAACUGAUAGAGUGAUAGAAUAAUUCAAUGUCAAUGGUUAUUGUAGUGAUUUCUCAAGUGGAAAAUUAUGUGCCUUCAGUUGAUGCGCCUACUUUAUUAUUUUUCUCUGCUUAACACCAGACGAUCCUACUUGUCAAGGGGAGAGUGAGCUACCACGCCAUGGGUUAAUAUGAGAUGGCAUGAGUAAUUCAAUAUUGCAAUUAUAACGAACUGGUCAAAAUAGUUUGAGCAUUUUGACAAUUCUUUUUGACGUGAAUAUUAGAAGUACCUUUUAUAUCCCAAAUAUUGUAGCAGUCCAUUCAUGGUUUUGUAAGAAAAGGUUGACAGUGUAAAAUUAAUAAAAUAAAUUUGUAUUCACAUAGUUAUUUAGCAAGUUUUUUAACGUUUGGUGCAACAUAUCAUUUACUGUUUAGACCCUCCACUAGAUUAUGGACUUAUGGUAACCCUUAGUGAUGGUAUCUUUCUGUAACAGUUACAAUACUAUCUGAUCAUAUGUCAUGUUCGUCAGAUUUUUUUCUGGAUAAUUUUGAUCAUUACCAUUUGCAAGCAACCAUCAACUGCAAACAUUGACAAGUAAAAAAAAGUAGGGUACACUGGGGCGCAUUGCGGCUCAAUGGGUUAACAAAUAUAAAACAUUUCCUUAUGUUGGUAUACAGUUUUGGUAUACAACACUCGAGGAAAUUGGGAAAACGAGAAAUUGUGUAGAAACACAAUGCCAGGAGGGCGCAGUGUUUUCGCACAAUUUCUCGUUUUCCCAAUUUCCACGAGUGUUGAUAUAACAAACUAUUAUUUUACAAUGAAUGAAUGAGGUUGAGCGUGAUGUGGAAAAUCGUGAAGGCGGUCAAGCCCGAAGUUUGUUAUCAAUAUUUUGAAACCUUUUUGUGGCUGUUUGUUGUUAUUGGUGUUCCAAAACCCUUUCAUGGCUGUUUUCAUUGAUAUUUCUUCUUUAUAAGUUGUGUCGGUUAUUUUAAAAUGUAUUAUUUUAAAAGUUGUGGCCAAAGGCAGUGCCAUAUUGUUUUAGCUGUGUUUCCAAAUUUCGUAUAUACUUGUUUCCACUGCAUGAUUUCAUAAUGUACUGUAUUGUUGAACAUGAUUUUUUUUCAUAUUCAACAUUAUUACAUUAUAACAUUGAACAUUACUACCUUAAAAAAAAACAAGCAGAAAUUCUACGUUUCGAGUGAAGGCCCUUCGUCAAGAGUUAGCAGUCAAGAGUUAGUACUCUUGAUGAAGGGCUUUCGCUCGAAACAUUGAGUUUCUGCUUGUUUUUUAAGGUAGUAAUAUAACCACUCAGCACAGCAUUUUCACAUUGGUACUACCCACACUGGUACAGACAGUUUUAGUAUAACAUUGAAUAUGACUUUUCCAUAUCCAAAUAUGUUUUUUGGUACAUGGGUAAUAUUUGAGUCAUUCUGAAAAGAAACAUAAUAUUCCCUUAAGUUUAUAGUAAAAAACAUGGUAAAGGAAAAGUAACAAUUCUUCCUAUCAAUUUCCAAAGACAUAAAGAUAAAUUACAUUUCUUACAAAUACUAGAAAUACCAAAAAUGGUCAUGUGUAUUACACAUUUAAUUUUUACAUGUUCUAAUUGGCUAAUUAACGGUAAUCUUACAGAAAAAUAUAUGACGAUCUUUCUGAUGGAUCAAUAAAGGUUGAAGAUGAGAAUGGUCAAGUAAUGGCUCGUGUAGCAACUAUCUCUGCAGGUGGUAUCAAUGAUCAAACAUCAACACAAACAGUUAGCAUACCACAAGGAAUCCAGAUAACAACACAAGGUGGUGCUUUCUCUGCGGCAUCACUUCAAACUGUUCCAAUCUCUGGACAGUCUGCGACAAUAGUACAAUAUCCCUCUGGUCAGAAUGGGCAAGAAGGACAAUUCAUAUAUGCUGCUGCCCCUGGAGAUGUCGAGGUGGGUAAAAGAUGUUAAUUAAACUUCAAGUUAACCAUUAAAUACAUAAUACACAUUUUAAAAUGUAUUUAAAAUGUUGGCUGAAAGACUGGUUUCUUCAAAGUACCCUAAAAUACAUGUGGUUUUGUCCAAAAGAAAUUUAUCAUGACAGUCAACAGGUUGUCAUAAUUCAAGAUUUUUAUUCGUACAAACUUAAGACUCAAGGCGUACUUAAGACCGUUUUCCACUUCAACCGUAUGGUAACGAAGCGGAUUUCUUUGUUUCCUGAGCACUAGAGUGGAACUAAUGACUUCAACACAAAAGAGUGUCAGUAACCAUAACACAAACACUACAAUUGACUGACCCAACAUUCCUCAGUUCCAUCAGUCUAGUCGUGUUUCAUGUAAAGACUUGUCCCGAUAUAUAGUCUUGAUAACCGUUUUGAAUACAUGGUCUUGGAAUACAUGAGUUUGAAUACAUGAGCAAGACUUUCGCGUACCCAGCUACAUGGAUUCGUGGCUUGAUAAAAUAAUUACGAUUAAGAACGCGAUUUAUCACACCCUGCAUAAACUUAAAGGUUUUUAUGAGUCUUUUUCGUAUUUUUGAUUGCAUUUACCCAAAUAUUGUUUUUGCAACAUAUAUAGAAAGGGAAUUUGUGAAAGGGUUCGAAUUAGGGCGUCUUUAUAUCGCUAUGAUGCCAAAAUGAUGUAGGCAGUUGUUAUUAUAGACAAUUAAGAAGAUAUCUCUUCUGGAGUGUCUAUGACUAUGUUAUUAUAAAGAAUUAGAGCAUCAAUCUAGCUAGUCGCUAGAAGUGCAUAGAAUCAAGCAGAAAUGAGUCCCAUUUGGAUUUGCUUAAUUUCUUCGCAGUAUGCAAGAUGUUGUUUUCCCUCUCAUAGACAUAGUUUUGGUUUAUUCUAUUUUUCCCAUUGUUAUCCACCAUCUUUAGGAAAAUGCAUGUACGUCUUCUGAGGAUCUUCCUCAGAUAAAGAACAGCUGCAACAAACAUUUUUUGUAAACCUAAUAUCCAUGGUCAGGUCAAUGUUUUUCAACAAACCAGAACGCCCACGUGGUUCCAUGACGUUCAUAUCACAUUUGCAGGAUUAUCACUGUUUUGAUUUGUGUUCCACAUGCCUGUUUAUUUUCAUUGAUACUUUUAGAAAUCAAAUUUCUCAAAGUUUAUGUAUACAUUCCGUUAGAGUUGGUUUCAAUUUUUUAUAUUAUGGCGACUGUCCAAAAUGUUAAUUAAUACAAAGUGCAGUUCUGACAGAGACGAUUCGACUGACUCAUGAUCUUCGCCUUUGACAUUCCUUGUUCGCAUUCCUUAUAAAUUAUAAUACACUCCUGUCUCCUUCCUAAUAUGGCAUUCCUAAACCAUUGUCAAUAAAGAGUAAAGGCUGCUUUCCACUGUUUUUCACAUGCACGUGCGUGUACGCUCAGAAAAGUUUAAAUCCUUUUGAAUUUUACUCGUUCAAUAACGAAUUGAAUAAAAGGACGGAAUAUAGUUUUCUGUAUAAUUCAAUGUGUAUUUGUUGAGGUAAUUAGUAGUCAUAAAAAAAUUAGAAAGAUUUAAACUUUUUCGUGCGUACACGCACGAAUGAAAAACGCUAAAACGUGAUUCUUUUAAUUUAAUUGCGCGCAGCCUUUUAUUAAAACAUGAUUUAUAUUUGUUUCACUACUCACUAGUAAAACAUUUGCAGUAUGUACAUGAAACAGUAAAACUAAAUGAAUUUGGAAAUUAAAAAUUGCCGUAGUGUAAAUGUGUCGGUAGCACAUUUUGUUGUCAGGAACUGGACUACAGUAAAUAAUAUAUAGCUCAUAUAUCACAACAGAAAUGAAAAUUACUUAAUAUAUAUAUAAUUAUAACAUGUCCAUACAUGGCAAUUCUUAUGAGAGAAUAUUAAACAAGUACAAAAACAAUUUGUGUGAUCAUUUAUUUUUAUCGUAAAUCAUCUUUGGAAACAGGAUAUUUGUGGUACAGUAUGUUAUAAGCAAUAGGUUAUCUUCCUCCGAUAUCGCGCAACGUAAGGUAUAUUGUAAAUUAUAUUUUUAACUUUUUGACAUAAACUUAUUUGUAAAUUUGUGUGUUUCCAGGGUGUAAAUAAUGGCGCGACAGUAUACGCUAUUCCAACAAGUCAAGCAUAUGCAGUGCGUCAUGGUCAGUUAUCUCCAGCCAGUGCAGUUGUACUUAGUCCUGGAUCAGGUCUUCAAUCGCCCAUUGGUUCUGAAGAUGCCACGAGAAAACGUGAAAUGAGACUCCUGAAAAAUAGGUCAGUCUAAAGUGGUUUAAUUUUCAAUAAUUUGGUAAACCGGAUCUCAAGGUCUUCAUAUGGCUUUCCAAGACCUUUAGUGUUCCCUUCACUCGUGUAGCCCAUUGUUGAUUAGGUCAAAAACACCUGUUUCCAGUAUUUUAAUGAUUGAACUUAAAUCUUCUGCGCUAAAUAUGUAUAGUAAGUAAGUAGGUAGUUAUUCUCUGCUCCUAUAUAUUCUAUUAAAUUUCGAAUUUUAAGGUUUUUUUCUUUGCAUGUUCGGUGCACAUCAGAAUUAUUAGACGUAAAUGUUAUAGAUAUUCCACAAAGUUAUUGAUUUGAAAUAAAUUUGGAUUUGAAAAAUUCGAUUUUUUAACUGAAAGUUGGUGUUUGUCCGGUCAGUGAAAAGCCGAGCUUUGGCUGUUUGUCAGAGAAUUUGAUUGUUUGACAAUGGUCACGUUGUUUCAGGCAAUUAAAAACUGAAUCUUACCCGCAUCCAAGCAAACCUGGCGAACUUUACUUGAAGAGCUUUGUGUUUGGAUCAUUAAAAAGUAUUUCACGAAAAAUCCCAUAUGCAUGUGAAGCGAAAUAGAAAAGGUCUCAUGUAGAAGAAAGUAUCUGAUGUGUGAUAACUCUUUUUCUCCCAGGGAAGCAGCGAAAGAGUGCCGACGAAAGAAGAAGGAAUAUGUGAAGUGUUUGGAGAACAGAGUUGCUGUUUUGGAGAACCAGAACAAAACAUUGAUCGAAGAACUGAAGGCUUUAAAAGAUCUAUAUUGCCACAAAGCAGAUUGAUUUUAGAAGAUGUUAGAUAAAGUCUUAUGGACAAAAAAUAUAUUCUUGUAAAUAGUAAAAUAUAAUUUAUAUGUCAAUCCUUAGCUCAAGUGCAUGCCUAUUAUAAAUGAAUAGAACGUCUAGAAAGUCAUUCAUCUCCAUUCGUCAGAUAGGGUGAUGUUUUUUCAUCAUACCCAUAAUUUUUAACCAAUUUUGAAAUAUUAUCCAGAGUGUAUAGUGUACUUAGACUGGGAUUAUUUUACUGAAUAAAUAGUUUUAAUGAGUUAACGAUGUAUUCCACUGUCUUUUGCAAUUUCACUAGUUCUUAAUGCGACUAUAGACUCGCAUAACAAUGCUGGAUUUACCCCCUGAAGAAUUUUUUUUAUUCUAUUUGUUGUACCAUACUUUUACGCCAUUAUGUACUGACGCCUUUAUGAAUCUCGUAGCCGUGACCAAAUUGACAAUAGGGAGCUUUAGAUUUGAGUACGAGUACGAGAUUUCAUCGCGUGCGAGGAAAUUACCGUAGUCGUUUUCGUUUCCAAUUAAAUGUUGCUUUUAUAACAGUAAACCAACAACGAGACUACGAGAG